CAGGAAUCCUCUCGAGCCCCUAGCGAAGCGCUGGGGCCAAAGCUACGGACCACGAGCGUUGUUACCCGACUUUCAGCAGACUUGCGUCGACGGACAGUGUUGCCCGCCAAAAAUCGCGGAAGGAACAGUACCACGAGAAAAAGGAUAUAGAUGUCGGGUUUAACCCUCGAGCGGGCCCGCGCAAACCAUGAGGACAUUGAGGCAUACGAGGCGGCUAUUGUCGCAAUUUUGGAGGAUAAACCUCGAACGGCGAAGGAACGUGUCUGGCAACAACACCGGGUCUCAAACCUGAUCGAGCAGAUCCAGGGGCGCUCCAAAGACUUGGAAGGCAUUUACGAGGACGUGCACGGGACCAUGAAAGAGGAACUGGCCACUUUACGGGGCCGCGACGCGUUUCCAUCUUUUUAUGCGCGCGUGGAUCAUGCCAAGGAGUAUCACCAGAAACACCCUGACGUGCCUGUCAAGCACCACCCGCCCGUGCAGGAGGAAGCGGAGCCGCGCGUGUCCUUUUCGGGAGAAGAGGUCUUUGGCAAAUAUUUGGACCUGCAGGCGUCUCACAUGGAGUUCUACGCGUUGCCGCAAACCCCUAAAUGGGAUUAUCAGACGUACUUGAGUCGCUUGGCGGAUUUUUCGGUAGUCCCGGCCGGGAAGAAGAAUGCGGCGUGGGCAAGAUAUGUGCACAACCUGUACAAUUACCUGCACUCCUUCAUCCAGCGCACGCAACCUUUGCUAAACGUGGAGGAGAUAUUGGACGGAAACGUGGACGGAGGCGAGGAAGGGGCCACCAAGAAGGCGGAAGCCGCCUUCGAGGCGCUGUGGCAGGCGGGAAAACUACCCGGAGGUUGGCCGGUGCCGGCCCAAGGGGGAGGGGAGGAAAAGGGGGCAGAGAACACGAAGGAGGUGGACCUGCGGGGUUUUCGGACGGCGAAGGAAUUGGAGGUGCUGGGUAUGGACCGGUUGAAGGCCGGUUUGAAGGCCUUGGGGAUGAAGUGCGGAGGGACGUUGGAAGAACGAGCUGCCCGCUUGUUUGCGACCAAGGGGAAGAAGAAGGAGGAGAUUGACCCGAAGCUGUUGGCGGGCAACGGGAAGAAGAAAAGCAAGGCGGAAGGAAAUGGGCCCACGAGCAACGGGAAUGGGCAAGGGGUGGGGACGGAUAAGGAGGGAGGGAAGGGAGGGGAGGAUGGGAAGAAGCAGUGUGCGCGGUGGGAGUUCCGGAUCGACCUGUUGGUGAAGGAGGUGCUGAGGGAGGUGGUGGAGGCGACCAAGAAAUUUGUCGAGAAGAAGCAGACCCGCACGAAGGAGGAGACGGAGACGGAGCUGAGGCAAGAGGAAGAAGGGCUGCUUCCAGAACUUCGGGGGGAGGGCGAGGAGGAGGACGAGGACGAGGAGGAGGAGGAGGACGAGGACGGCCCCAUUUACAAUCCAUUGAAUCUGCCUUUAGGCUACGAUGGAAAGCCGAUUCCAUACUGGCUGUAUAAAUUGCACGGGCUGGGGGUAGAAUACAAAUGUGAGAUUUGCGGGAAUCACUCGUACUGGGGCCGCCGGGCGUUUGACAGGCACUUCCAGGAGUGGCGGCAUGCCCAUGGGAUGCGCUGCCUGAAAAUCCCCAACACAAAGCAUUUCCAUGACAUCACGACGAUCAAGGACGCGCUUGCCUUGUACGACCGGAUAAAAGAACAGCUGAAGGGAGAAGUGUACGAUGCGGAGGUGGAGGAGGAAUUCGAAGAUUCGGAGGGAAACGUGUUGAACCGUAGGACUUUCCAAGAUCUAGCUCGACAGGGGCUACUUUAAACGUGUCUCGCAUAAGGCGAGCGCAGUGUGGCAAAAGUCGAGGGAGGCUUGUCAGUGGUCAGCAGGCACGCAAAGGAGAGUCGAUAUGGACACUUGGAAGGCGCGUUGGCACGUUUGAGCUGGAAUAACGGGGCUUACUUAUGUGAUAGUAAGAUGAGCAACGACUGGAUGGCUUCUGAUGGCCUGAGGAGCGAGCUACGACGGGUUUAAAACAUCGUGACGGGCAGUGGUAUCACGAAGAGGGCUUGUCUACCGCCUCGCCCACAGCAAUAUGAAAUUUAGAAGGGGUACAGUGAAGUAACAUGACUAACACUGCCUG